AUCAUUUUGAGCUGGAUUUCCUCACCCACAGGAACAAUCUAGCCACGUCUGAAGACAGCCGUACAGCAUCUGAACCGAAUAUUCAAUAUGGACCACUUCCAUACCCUGGUUGCAGAUCUCAAUAGAGUCCUUGGGCCAGAUGCUGGCAUCAAUUCCGAAGGGGUUGACCCGAAGGAACUAAUUGGCGUAAUGGAGAAAUACAUCUCAGAUGAAUCCGAAUGGAAGCAGUACGCACUCGGCGACAAGAGUAGAGCCUACACUCGCAAUCUCGUCGACAAAGGCAACGCGAACAGCAAUCUCCUUCUCCUGGUCUGGAGCCCCGGCCAGCAAAGCCCUAUCCACGACCACGCGAAUGCCCAUUGCAUCAUGAAAGUUCUACGUGGCUCUCUGAAGGAGACCCGAUUUGCGUGGCCAGACCCGCGCCCACAGCCCUUGCAAGUCCUCCAGGAGACCGUGUAUCACGAGAACGAGGUCACGUACAUGUCCGAUCAACUCGGGCUUCAUUGCAUCCAGAACAUGGAUCCGGAGGAAUUCACCUGUUCACUGCAUCUGUACACGCCUCCGAAUGCGCAGCGAGAGGGCUGUCACAUCUUCAAGCGAGAUACGGGGGAGUCAAGCCACGUUAUGUUGUGUAACUGGUAUUCCGAGCUUGGCCAGAAGCUGGAUCCGGGGAGGGGAGGCGGUCGUUAAGUGAUAGAUCAUAGUGAGAAGGGAUAUUGGUAUCGUCGAUGUCAAUACAAAAGAGAUCGAUGACGGCAGAUCAAUGGCGAUAGAACAAAUUCGAGAGACCGGGCAACCGAUACUAUGUAUACUAGAUACAGACCUAUUAGUGUAAUACCAUAG